CAGCCUCGUGCGGUAGUGUAGUAAUCCACCACGGCACGGGAACGGGCAAACUUUGGUUUGGUUUUCCAGCCAAGGGUUUGGCAGUGAGGAUAUAGCAUAUUUGGCAAACAAUUCACUGACUGUUCAAUUUGUGGUUCCUUCUUUCGGGUGGGCCCCCGUCGAGUGGGCCCUGUUCUGUGCAGCAGAACGGCAGUACGGGUGCGGUGCUAUUUAGUGAGCAGGUCGAGGUGUGUGUGAGCUGCCAUAGCAAGUGUGGUGAUGUGAAAAUUGGCUGCAAAAGUCUUCUUUUGCGAAGGCCAGUGAGAAGAAUCCGCAAUAUCUUGCUAAGCUAAGCCUGUGCAGAGAUAGUUGUGGAGUGAAAUAGCUGUGUGUGUUUUUCUCCCCAAAGCAAUAUAUUACCCAACGACAAGUGACCGUGUGCGAGUUUGUAUUUAUGUGUGUUUGACAUAGUGUUACCGAAGCAGUGCAAUCAUUUCCACCGCCCGUAAGCCACCAUGGCCGAUACGGAGUUCGAGGAGCUCCGUCAAAAUCUGGACGCGUUGCCAUCGUUCCGGAAGGCUCCAGCCCCAUUCUACUCAUUGGUGGCGGACGUAGAUUUGGACGAUUCGCCAUCCUCCAAAAGUGAUGCAUCGUCCGACCACGAGGAAGAUGGCCCACUAUCGACGAGCGAUGGGACGGUGGAGUCAGUACUCAAAGGUACGCCCAGCAAGACGCAGCAGAUCAUCCAGACGAUAAGUACGAUCAGCAGCAGCAGCAGUACGGGCGAGGACGAUGAGAUCGGAGACGGACUGCGGACCGUAACGCUCGGGCCGAGGAAAUCUUCACUCGUGACCGAUGCGGAGGAGGACCUGAUCGUGGUGUCGUCCGGUGGUUCGGGUCCGGAAAGUUUACUACAGCUGCAUCUAACGUCACACGGCCAUACGGUGACGGCCGGCGAGUCCAAGAGCACGACCCUAGGGCCGUCGAAUGUGGGCGCCUCGAACUUAGUGCAUGGUCCGGUUGCUGGAGCUGCCGCUGGAGAUGGUACAUCGACGAACAGUAGUUCGCAGCUGGCACGGACGAGCUCUCUCCCUUGGAUCCCGGGACAGGUGGAGCGAAGAAGGCGUAAGCUGCCGGAGAUUCCAAAGAAUCGAAAAUCUUCCGUGCUGCAGCUGCUAGCCGGGCAGACCUCACUGGCGGACGAGCUGAGUGCCAGCAACCGAAAGCCCCACUACCCGACGGGAGCAUCCGGACAUCCUGGCGCCAACUUCUUCAAGCAGAGCUCACUGCUCGCCCUCAAAUGCAGCUACCUGCUGGACGAAGACUCCAGCCCCGACUCGGAACGGCUGCAGAGCUUGGGCGACGUGGAUAGUGGUCACAGUACGGCUCACUCACCGAACGACUACAAGAGCAUGUCCCCACCGCCACCGCAAGCCGCAUCACCCGUAACGUCACCAUUCCCACCGCCGUACGGUGGUGUCCCGUACAGCCAGCUGGAGAUGCUCGAGGCCACACACAGGGCGCUGCACAAGUUCAUACCGCGCCAUCACGACGAAAUCGAGAUCGAAAUCGGUGAUCCGAUCUACGUGCAGAAGGAGGCGGAAGAUCUUUGGUGCGAGGGGGUGAAUCUGCGCACCGGACGGCAAGGCAUCUUCCCGUCGGCGUACGCCGUCGAUCUGGACUACAACGAUUUCGACCCGACCUCGAUCGAGAUGAAGCGCGAACGGUAUCUGCUCGGAUACCUCGGGUCGGUGGAAACGAUGGCCCACAAGGGUACGGGAGUGGUGUGCCAGGCCGUACGGAAAAUCGUUGGCAAUGGGACGGAAUCACCGAAGGCGCAACCCUGCAUACUGGAGAUAUCGGACCAGGGACUGCGAAUGGUUGACCGGUCGAGGAACAAAAAAUCGAAAGGCCCCUGCAUAGACUACUUCUACUCGCUGAAGAACGUGUCAUUCUGUGCGUUCCAUCCGCGGGAUCAUCGCUACAUCGGCUUCAUCACGAAGCAUCCGACGGUGCAGCGGUUCGCAUGUCACGUAUUCCAGGGCACCGAGUCUACCCGCCCGGUAGCCGAAGCAGUUGGCCGAGCUUUCCAGAGAUUCUACCAGAAGUUCAUAGAAACGGCAUAUCCGAUAGAAGACAUCUACAUAGACUAAGGGCGGGCAAGGACAUAAAUUAUUCCAACGGUGAGAUGGAGCUGACUGGUGCUCACGAAGAAUCUCACUUCCCACACACACACAUUCGUUCUCGUUCGUUCGCCUUAGUCUCAUCAGUUCCGCUGCUCCGUUUACCAUCCUUCUGCGGUUAGGUUAGGUUAGCUGGCAUUUAGCGCAUUUUGUACAGAUUUAGUCCCUAGCACCGAGCAGCCGUGUAUUGGCGGGCUGCAAUACCAAAGGCAACCAAAGAAGAAUAAAUGUUAGACCCUGUACUACUGUAUCUGUACGCUUUUUGGAGCCGUUACUGUAGACUAUGUUGUUUAUGUUUUUUGUUUCUAUUUAGGGAGGAAACUAGGAAGGACUGCUUUACACAUCGCUUGGAUGCAUUUUGUGACGCCGUGCCCUCAUGAUUCCGUUUUUGAUUAGCUUUGACUAGUGGAAAGCAGUUACUGAGCAAAAAUGAAGAGAGAAACGGACACAUGAUAGGGAGCACUACACACAUUACUCGCACGCUUUCCGACGCGGCUUUGCGCAGAGAUAACACAUUUUGUAUCAGGACUUUUUUCUUCGAUUAUGAGCAAACGUUUCGCUUUUUUGCAAACGAUUCAUACGAAGUACGUAGCAUGCACAACACCCGGUAGUAGUAGCAGCAGCGUUAUCAGCGUAACGCUCACCAUUUUUCGAUUGGUUUUGAGCGUAACGCAGGCACGCGUUACAGUCGUAAAAAAACGGUCGAACGAUGCAAUAUGGUGCAUCGUUAUACAGCCAGAGCCAACCAAGAGUGUUGUUUGUAAUAAAGAACUAAUAGAAAAGCUAAGCAUCACUGUUCCGUUCUACAGGCGACUAGUAACGCAUCAAGGUUUGCAACUUUUCCCUAACUCUUUAAACGCUCUUUGAAAGUUUGAAACCCAGAAACCUACAAGAACUACUUCUUCUUCUGCUCUUUCUUGCUCUAUCCUACACUUUCGUUCACUGUACAUAAAGUAGAUAAAAGCAAACAACCAACUUUCCAACGAAGGACGAAAUGCAUCAAGUGAGGGAGAAAGGGGACGGUAGUAGUGCUCAGCAGUAAAUCCUAUUUGCAAACAAUAAAAUGCACCCAAGGCGAAACCCGUGGAAAGGAGAAACACUCUAUUAAAGGAAAGCGAUAAUGCGUAAGAAAAAUCUAUAUUUAUAGCACAGAUAUAAACUAAGAGAGAGAGAGAGGAUUACGAAAGCUUAGGAAUAAUGAAUGGAAAAGGCAUAGCUGAAGGACAUUUGCUUGCAAAGUUAAAAAAGAAAAGAAAAGAACAAACAGAUUGUAAUAUAGAACGCUUUUCUUCCAAUAAACGGUAACUAACUUCUGAUCCCCGUUUGCUCUUUAUGCUUUGGAAGUCUCACGAGUAAAGUCGAGUCGAAUACGAAUACAAUAUAUAUUUUUUUCGUUUAUGUACCUCAAAACUCAAUACGAACAAAGCAGCCAGAUUCAAAUUUGUAAUCAAAACAAUACUCAAAUACUUCAAACAAACGAAGAAAUGUAAUGCAAUCAGCUUGGUAAGGCAAUGUUGGAUGUCGUUGGUUUCUUCUCCGAAAUUUUAUUCCGUUCUCUCGACGGGUCAGCAAGCAAGAUAGAAUUGAAAGUGCAAGAAAGCUUUACAGCAGACCAGAUAUCUCGUGUGAGAAAAACAAGAAGAAAAGAAAGGAACAAACAAGAAAAAAAAUAACACAAACAUACAAAACAUUACUAGUUAAAUCGAUCAUCAGCUUACUCGAGGCAAAAUGCAUCCAGCUAUCAAACAAAUAAUACUCUUACACAAAGAAGAAGAAAAAACGUAGUUACUACAUACAUUGUGCAUCCAAUGCCAACACAUAACACAAAGAAAAACAUAAACAAAACAAAAUAAACAAACAAAAAACACACGCUCGUUGUCGUUCUACUUAUAAACAUUGUACCAAACAAAACAAAGAAAAUUUGAGGGAAGGAAAAAGGCCCUCUAACAUUCCGAAGCAUUUACACGGAGCAUAUAAACGUAUGUAACUGAUGUUUUGGGUGUAAAUGCGGUGAAAACGGGAGGAACUUGUUAACUGACUCUAACAAACAAUCUGAUGAACAAUAAAACAUUGAAGCAAAGUGUGUCUAAAACAAACAAAAAAAAAAACCACUCACACACACACGGUAAUGAGUCUAUAGACAACUAAGCUCUAUAUUGCAAAAUACAAAACAAACAAUGAUUACAUGUGCACGCGCAUCUACUCAAAGAAGGAGAGAACAGAACAGAAGUAAAACAAAUACUUUCUAUUGCACAACUUUGAGCGAAACAUUCAGGAGAGAGAGAGGUACUAGAGAGGGAAAGUUAGGGGAGCACUGAUAUCAGGGAAAACUGGAUCUUGGAUUACGAAAAUGAUGAAAAGUGUCUUUAAUCGUUAGCUGGUUGUAAACACCACGAGGAUCACAGGCAAGGUGGCAGCAGCAAGCAAUUGGAGCAAGCAAGCGAAGGGAACGCGGCAGCAAGCCUCUAAUGUUUAGUGCAAAACAUGUACAAGCAAAUAAAUAACUGUGAAAAUGGUCAA